AUGUCUUCGUCGCCAUUAUCAUCAAAAACUAAUACAUUUGUUCAAAGGCAAACACAAUAUUUCAAUCGACAAAAUAGUACUUUAAAUUCGCCUAUGAAUAUAAAUCGUCAAUCACCAAGUCCAUCAUCAAUAGCAACUCGUAUAGUUGGACCAAAACCAUUUUAUCGUUCACAAAUAACUCCUGAUCCAUUUGAUUAUACAAAUAAUUAUCGUCAACAAAAUGAUUAUCAACAAUCUCGUCAACAUCCAUUUCAACGUCGUUUUUCAUUUAAUCAAACAAACGUCAAUGAGAAUGAUGAUGACGAUGAUGAUGGUGAUGAAUUUAUAUCAUCAGAUGAAUCACUUUCAAUUGAAUUUCCACCUCCACCUAGUGCUUUUCUACACCACCAAUUAUCGAUAAUACUUAUCAAUUUAUACCUGUCAAAAAAUCCAUUUAUUCAAACAACUAUCGAUCACAUUCAGUUUCAAUUAUCAUUAUAA